GAGAACCAGUAGGGUACAUUGAUAAGGUCCAAAUAUAAGAGGUCGGCACCACAAUCAUAUAAGAACCGGUUUAUAAAUUGAUAAGGUCCAAAUAUAUCGCCCGGUAAAACGAUAACUCGAACGAGAGAUUUCUCCCAUUAUAUAAGAGCGCAUUUGCAAGCCAGAUGAGAGCGAACUGAAGCCAAAAUACAUCACCUCUCCCAUCCUUCAGUUGAAGAAGCAGAGCCACCAAACUCUCUUGUUGCAGGGACAGGCAUGGAGGAAGAGACGGCUACCACGGCCGGACGGAAACACGAUGACGGCGUCGACUCGGAGGAUCCAGGGAGCGCCGGCAAUGGCAUCAGCUCGCUGGAGCAGCCCCUGCUGAAGAAAAGCAACACCCUGACGGCCAACCACCUCGCCAUGGUCGGCGCCAAGGUCUCGCACAUCGAGAGCCUCGACUACGAGAUCAUCGAGAACGACCUCUUCAAGCACGACUGGAGGAGCCGGUCCACCGUGGAGGUGCUGCAGUACGUGUUCCUCAAGUGGGCGCUGGCGUUCCUGGUGGGGCUCCUCACCGGCGUCAUCGCGUCGCUCAUCAACCUCGCCAUCGAGAACAUCUCCGGCGUCAAGAUGCUCCACAUGGUCCGGCUCGUCCGGGACAAGAGGUACUGGGCCGGCUUCUUCUACUUCUCCGGCUUCAACCUGGCGCUCACGUUCGUCGCCGCCGUGCUCUGCGCC